UUGAAUUUCGCCGGUUACUGGAAAUGUCAAGUUUUGAAAAUAGAAAAUACAAAUGACCUGAAAUGUUAUAUAUGAAUUCUAAAUAGAAAAUAUCUGUGGAAGUUAACGUCAUUUGAUGCAAUAGUUUUUUCUGGAAUUAUUGUUUUUCAAAUUCUAUAAACAUAACAUCUUGCACAACUUGUGAACUGCUGUGAGGAUAACUACUAAAAUAUAUAUUUCCAAAUGGUUCGACAUUAUUCUCUGAAAGGAUUUUAUGAAUUAGAUAGGACAAUAGGAUCUGGUGGUUUCGCAAAAGUCAAGUUAGCCACCCAUAUUGCAACUGGUGAAAAAGUAGCUAUAAAAAUUAUGCAGAAAGCUCAACUUGGGUCUGAUUUGUCAAGGGUGAAGUUAGAGUUGAAAGCUCUACAGAACGUACUACAUGAGCAUAUUUGUAAAUUAUAUCAGGUAAUUGAAACUGAUACACACUUCUUUAUCAUCAUGGAGUACUGCUCAGGAGGUGAACUUUUUGAUCAUAUUGUUGAGAAAAAUAGACUAACAGAAUCGGAGAGUAGGAUGUUUUUUAGACAAAUUGUGUCAGCAGUGGCCUACUUACACAGUCUUGGGUAUGCUCACCGCGAUCUCAAACCUGAAAAUAUACUCCUUGAUAAGCAUCAAAAUUUGAAACUAAUUGAUUUUGGCUUGUGUGCAAAACCUGAAGGAGGCAUGGAAAAUCCUUUGAGUACAUCAUGCGGAUCUCCUACUUAUGCUGCUCCUGAGCUGGUAUUGGGAAAACAGUAUUUAGGAACUGAAGUAGACAUAUGGGCUAUGGGAGUGUUACUGUAUACUCUGUUGGUGGGAGCAUUGCCCUUUGAUGAUGAUAGUAUAGAUGGUUUAUACAAAAAAAUUUUGACUGGAAAAUACGAAGAACCGCCGUUUUUAUCUAAAGGGAGCUCUAGCUUGAUAAAAUCUAUGCUUCAAGUCGACCCGAAAAAGAGAAUAACAAUCACAGAACUUCUUUCUCACCCUUGGCUUACUUUGGGUAUUUUAGAUCCCGUCGAAUUGAAAUCAGAAAACGUAAAAUGUUACGACGCUCAAUGCGUCGAGUUAAUGGCUAGUCAAAAUCAUGUACAUAAGGAUGUGAUGUGGAAUCAUUUGAAGAAGUGGAAAUACGAUUAUCAUACAGCUACAUACCUGCUGCUGCUGUCUAAAAAAAACAGAGGGUCUACCCUGAAACUGAAUAACUCCAGCAUGACCAUACCUAUAGAGGCGACUAAGGAAAUUUCAUUGACAAAGACAAUAUCGAAGAAUAUAGCGAACGUGCCGGAUGAUUUUUUGGUUGAAAAUGCGGAAAAAGAUUCCAAAUCAGAGAAGAACGAUAUUAUCCUUAAUACGCCCAUCGACAAAUUACUUCCUGGAGGUUCAAACACUGUCAGUACUCCUGAUAAAUACAAACAGCAUCAACCAAAUGGUUUUUUAGAACCAAACAAGCCUUCUAGUAUUCGUAGACCACUCAAGAGGCUGCGGAGUCCGGGACCUGACGAUGGUUCACCAAGUAAGAAAUACACAUUAUUCUAUUUUACUAACUGCAUGGUGUGAACUACACGAUUUUUGCCAAAUUUGCCCGGGUAAUAAUAUUCAUUCGGCAAAUUUGAAUAUCAACACG